AUGAACGGAGCAAAUCCCAAGCAAAACAGCGAGCCGAACCGGUUCGAGCUCUUCCUUCUCCAGGAUGGAGAGAAGAAGAUUGAGGAGAAGGUUUUCACUGGCAUGUCGAACACCUCCGACUUCAAGAUUCUCAAGGAGGACCACACUCUCGGCAACCUCCUCGCCGAACAUCUGAAGCAGGCCCCUCAUGUCUUGAUGGCAGGAUACAAGAUUGCCCACCCUAACGUGCCGGAACUCUUCAUCCGUAUCCAGACAGACGGAAGCAUCACCCCGCGCGAGGCCCUCGUUGGCGCGUGCAAGCAGCUCGUGGCCAUGUACGGCCAGCUGGGCCGCGAGUUCCAGAAGGAGCUUGCCCUGCGCCAGUAUGCUGACCAGGGCGAGCAGGGAGGCGGCGUGAACGGUGGUGCUAAUGGCGGUCAUUACUGAUCGAUCCCGCCUUAACGGGGUUCGCAGUGUUUACACUCCCAACACGCCUUUACUUUACUUGACUGCCGGGGGAAGUUUACGAGGUAGUCCGAUGCUGAAUUGGGCAGGUGGGAAAAGAGAUGCGGUGGCAUGGACGGUGAAAACAUGAUUAGCUCAUUAUCUUUGCUGUUUGUUGAUCGGAUCGGUCGUCAUUCAAAAACGGCGUUUAGGGAUUUUCUUUGAGGAUGCUUUUCAGUCAGUCUCUUUGCAGGCGUUAUGAUCAAGACAUGCAUGGGAUAUGGAAAAUAAGGGGUUUUGACAGAUCUCUCCGUUUGCUCGCUCGAUGCUAGGGAAGAAUGGGAACCAUAGAUUUGUUCAAAG